AUGGCCUUGAACAUGGUGAAGAACAAAGCACUCAAUUAUGCCCUGCGAGCGCUGCAACUCAUCUUCAGCAUAAUCAUCAAGGGAACAGACGGCUAUGCUAGCUAUCCAUGUGUUUCGGUCAUACUGAUUAUCUGGACAGUUUUGAUCAUCAUCUUUCACCUCAUUGCUGAAAUCAGCUUCGCGGAUCGUGCGUUGAUUGGCUACAUUCGUGUCGCCGUUGAGGCCGUAGCUGUCCUCUCAUGGCUUGCUGGUUUCAUUACUAUGGCUGUUCAAAUUGCAACCGACACAUGUUCGACAGGAAUAUCCUCAUGUGGGUUGCUCAAGGUGGCGACAGUCUAUGGGGCGUUCGAAUGGCUGCUAUUCAUGAUUACUGCAGCCCAGACUGUCAUAUUGUGGCGGACGACUCCAACUACCCUGCGCCUUCGUCUGUCCAAACCGCCUGUUCCGGAUGUUCCGGAUAAUGACGAGAAUCCAACUGAUGAUGAGAAGGAGGAUAAGGAGGAGGAGGAGGAGGAGGAGGAGGAGGAGGAGGAGGAGACACAGUCAGAAGAUCCUCGAUUUCUGCGAACACCUACCCCUGAGCCUGAGAUCUCAUUCAGCUGUAUGAACGGGUGA